UCUCUCCCAGGCAGAGCCUCUGGUUUGUAAUCAGAUGACAGGAGCUGAUAAUCCGACGCCACACUCGCUCUGUUUUGUUCACUUCUUCAGAAAGUGAGCACGAGGAGAAGGAGGAGGAAAGAAGAGGAGAGGAGAAGAUAGGAAAGGGCAGGUGAGGGGGAGCAGGGGAAAGAGUGACUGAGGUCUUUCAUAAUGGCUGAGGGAAACCCUGUAUCUGAAAUCUCUGCAACUGGCAGCCAUCUUGGCUCUGCUGGAGCAGAGAUGGAGGAUGAUCAUGAGCCUCCCAUUAUCUCCUUAUCCAAGAGUUUCACAGAUAUGGCAAGUGGACCUCCUCAGAGAAUGGAGCUAGCCUGGUGCUGGCAGGAUAUUCGCAAGAGUGCCAGCAGUUCAGUGUGCCCUCAGAGGCCUGCCAGCCUGGGAGGACCAGUCAGUGGCAUCCCAGUUUCUUUAGAGUUUGAGCAAGGUAGUGCCUGUAGUGGCAACAGCACUCCAGAGACAGUCAUCUGGCGUGGAGGGACCACACGGCCCUGGAGCAUCACAGAGGAUUCACCUGCAAGAAGGACACCAACACAAGAGCUUUUUCUGGGACGACAGCGAGCCCACACCAGUGAAAAGUGCACUCCAUGUUCCCCAUCUGUGCACAGGAACUUAAGGAUGGAGUGUUUGGAGGGCAUGGAGAUGUGCUGUCAAGGUAGAGUGACUGGGGAGAACCUGAAAGCUUGCAACUGUUCCAGGAUGAUCUGUGGUGUAGUGUCUCCUGCUCUGGACAGGACAUGUCUGAGAAGUGCGCACAGCCUUGUGCAGCAAGAAGUGGAUGCAGACGUUUGCCAUCAUUUACCUGGAGCCAAUACCUGUAGGCCUGCUUGUGUUUCUGUGAGGAAUUCUUGUGCUGUUGUACCCUGUGCUGGACAUCUGAUAGCCUGUGGAGGAAGUCCUUGUCCAGGACAGUGGUCACAACGCCAUUCAAAUUUGCUUGGUUUCCCACCACUGGUGUCUUCAGUUAGUGAGACGGGAUUAAACAAUCGGGCUACAGGUCACUGCUGUGGACCUGAAUUAGGUGGGAAAAACUCCAGCCAAUCUGGGUAUUACCAUAGGACAGUGAGGGAUGCCUUCACCAUGACAUUGGAGCAUGAUUUCAGAGAGGUUGGGGUGCAAACCAUGUCUACUGAUUCCCUUGUUUCUCCUCUGUCAAAUAUGUUCCCUGAUAUCAAUCUGACUGAUGGUCCUGGUUCAGACACAUGUCCAGCUGUAGAAGAUGUAGGACCCAGGUCCCCAGUGAAGGAGGUGGAGUGGGAUGCAGAGGGAAUGACAUGGGAAGUGUACGGGGCAUCUUUGGACCCAGAGGAACUUGGCUUGGCAAUCCAGCGGCACCUGGAGCUGCAAAUCAAAGAGACUGCAGCCGCUGCUGCUGAGAAGAAAUCUGCGGAAAACAAUUGUGUGUCUACACAACAGAGCAAGAGGAAGAGUGGACGUGUGGUGCGAUCACUGCACAGUCCAGCAUGUUGCUCUCGCUCCAGUACUGUGGAAGAUUGAAGAUACAAAAAAACUCACAAGUAUAGUUGACCUCCAAUACCUGUAAAAGGCCUUCUUUACCUCCCAAGAGCUUCUCUUGCUGCCAUGAUAAAUGCCACCAAAUCAGCCAGCAAGGUCAGAAUCUAUUUAAAAAAACAAGCAGAAUCUAUAGUUUGCAAUCUGGCUCAACUGCCUGCCCAAGCAUAUUUGAUGAAAGGAAUAGCUGAGAAAUUUAUGGGCAUUGGUGUCCUUCAUGAAGGUAAGAGUUAAACCCUGAUUCUGGACUCUUGGACACUCAGGGAGAACUUCAGGCAAUACAUGGAGCAAACACACAUACAUACACAUGCACUGUGCCAAAUCCAGACUGAAAAAGACUGAAUGUUGGUAGUGGAUAAGAAAUUCAGGCCAUUUUGCAAACUCUCAAUAAGCUCUUGACAAAGUUAUAUGUCCAAUGUGCCAUUGUUCAAGAGGAAUUUCAGCAGUUUACAUUUACAAUGCCACAAACAAAACACUGCUACACCAAAUAUUAAUUUGGACUGUGCAUUUUUAAGUUGGACAUAGCAGAACAAACACAGUUAUUGCUGUCAUCAUUCUUAAUAGGAAAAUUACUAAGCAAGUAUAAAAUUUCCUUCAUACCUUUGACUCACAGUUCACUGUAUACUGUAAAUGCUUCACAUCUGACCUCUCAUAAGGUCACACCCAUUUAACUCCUAUUGUGGAAAUCAACAGUAGUUGUACAUCAUGUCAGAUAUGUGCUAUGUAAGAUGGUGAUAAUGUUUUGGAAACAGUCAUCUAAGUUCAAGGUAUCCUUUAGAAACAAAAAAAAAAGAAUUACCAAAUCACUGGUAAGGUUAUUGAAAGAACAAAGACGUUAUAGCUUACUUCCUGAGAAACACAAAAAAUAUGAAUUAAUCAUGUACCAAGCACUGACCUCUUUUACAAAUUUCAAUGCACGCUCUCAAAAACUGUAUUCAUUUCAGGGACAUCACAGUAGUAUGGAACUGUUCAGUAUAUAAAUAACAUUUUGAGGAUUAUAGUCAGUAACUUCUGUAGGAAGCAUAUUCACAAGUAAUUCUUUUUUGAAUGAAUAUUGAACAUUUUUCACAAGAUACCUAUGUAUUUUAUCCAGUAUUGGACUUCUGGGAUCAAAAUUGGCUUCCUUGUAGAGUCCAAUUGCAACCUACUUAAUGAGCAAACUCCAAUGUAAGCUGAACCAUUCAUUAAUAUCAUAGUUAUACAACUAUGUUUCCAAAAAAGUUGGAACGCUGUGCAGAAUGGAAAUAAAAACUGAAUGCAAUGAUGUGCAAACCACUUAAACCCUGCAUUUAUUCAAAAAUAAGUAGUGCAAAGCCAACACAUCAAAUGUUGAAACUGAGGAAUUUUAUUGUUUUUUGAAAAACAUGUCUGUUUUGAAUUUGAUGCCAGCAACACAUUUUUUUUAAAAAAUUGGUACAGCAGCAUGUGUGUUUCCUCUGUGUUUCAUCACCUUUUCAUUUAACAACACUCUGUAAGCAUUUGGGUACAGAGCAGACUCAUUGUAAUAGUUUUGAAAGUGAAAGUUUUCCCAUUCUAGCUUGAUACAAGAUUUCAGCUGCUCAACAGUUCAGGGUCUCCUUUGUCAUAUAUUUUGUUUCCGAACGCAGCAAAUGUUUUCAGUGGGUGGCAGCUCUGGAUUACAGGCAGGCCAGUUUAGCACCCAGACUUUUCAUUACAGAACCAUGUUGUUGUAACACAUGCAGAAUGUGGUUUGAGAUUGUCUUGCUGAAAUAGAAAUAAAGCAAGGCCUUCCCUGAAAAAGUCAUCUGAAUGGCAGCGUAUGUUGCUCCAAAACCUGGAUAUAUCAUCAUAUAUGUUGUCUUUGUACUAUUUUCAAUUAAUUAUAGGGUUUCAAUUAUUUUCACAUCAUUGCAUUCUGUUUUUAUUUAUAUUUUGCACAAUUUGCACAUUUUGGCAAUGAGACACUAUGAAUUGCUUUAUUUUACAAUUCAGUUUCAGUUUAUUCGCUAAACAGUGAGGUUGUCACUGUUGCCUAUUUAGUUUCAUUUAAAUAUAUCUAAAAAUGUUUCACUCUUCUGUUACCUAGAACUUGCAAGACUGUAAAAAGAAGCAUUAGCCAAGGGUCACUUAGGAUUCUUCAUAUGACUGAUGUAAUCAGUUGAAAAUAGACUACCUAAAGGGGAGUUUAUUAACCGAGAUGUAGGCAAAGUCAUUCAGAGUCAUUUGUUGUGAAAUGGUUCAUUGUAGAGAAACUUCAUAAACUCUGAUUUCUUUACAGUGGCAGUGAUUGAAACCAAGGAUUGUGAUGUCUCAACACAAACACAGCCAUUUUAUUUACUAUCCAAAACCACCACCAACCUUCAUGUGUCUUCAGAGUUUUAUGUAAUGUUGAAAAUGAUAAAAUAAUGGUAAACAUGGAAAAAAAAAGUUUGUUAGAGACUAUUGUACCUUAGAACCAUCUGCAUGUACCUCUCUGCCAAGAGUGUAUUAACAAUAAAUAUUUUAAGCCAAAAGCUUAUUCUAGACUUUCUGGAAAAUAAUAUCUCAGGCAUGAGGCUGCAUAUUCAUAACCAUUUCAUGUGAAGGAGCUUUUAGAGACAUUAAACCCUUCAGAUGUCUGGCUAUCAGCACCCCUGUGAACAGUUCUGACUCAAUAAGUUUCUCUAGAACUGAGCAUUUCACAUCAAACCACUCCGAAUGACUUUGCUUACAUCUCAAAAACAGUGGAACUGCCCUUUAAAGACUACAUCAUGAAAGGUCAUUGAAGAGACUUACUGUAUUUCUAUGAGUGAAUGUGUAUUUUGCCAGUUCUGGUUAAAUCUCCAGGCUGUUUUCACAGCUUUGUUCUUUUGCCAAAGCAAAUUCAUACCUUUUUAGACCACAGCAUUGUGAUUGAGUGUUAAUAGAUACUAAUAAACAUAUGAACAGAUAGGGCAUAAAGGUUUUAUUGUUUUAUUGUGUUAUUGUAUUGAUUUCUUAUAACUGACAAACAUACUAUAUAUUAGUGUACUGGAACGCUUCAUGAUAGCUUAUGUUUUAAUAAUGUAUGGGCAAAAAUAAAUUAUUUCAUUAACUAA